AUGGGCGUCUCCGGCGGCGGUCACAGAUUAUACGUCAAGGGCAAGCACCUCUCCUACCAACGAGGCAAGCGCAACACCAACCCAAACACCUCAUUACUCCAGAUCGAAGGAGUCGAUGACACAAACGCUGCAAAAUUCUAUCUCGGCAAGCGCGUCGCCUACGUCUACCGGGCCAGCAAAGAACGCCAAGGCAGCAAGAUCCGCGUCAUUUGGGGCAAAGUCACACGACCCCACGGCAACAGCGGCAUCGUGCGCGCAAAGUUCAGACAUAACCUCCCUCCCAAGAGUUUCGGCGCGAGUGUGAGGAUCAUGCUUUAUCCCAGUUCGAUAUGA